AUGCCCGCGCUCUGGCUGGUGCCCGUCGGGCAGAAGCUGCUGCUCUGGGGCGCGCUGGGCGCCGCGAGCCUGGCGGCCGCCUCCCUCGCCCUCCGCCUCCUGCGCAUGGUGGCGAGCUACGCGCGCCAGUGGCUGCUGCUGUGGCCCCUGCCGACCGUCGCCGGGGCCUACCCCUUGGUGGGACACGCGCUGAUGCUCAAGCCCGACGCCAGGGAAUUUUUUCAGCAGCUUAUAACUUACACUGAAGAGUUCCGACAAACACCACUAUUGAAACUCUGGCUUGGGCCAAUACCAAUGUUAGCACUAUAUAAUGCAGAAAAUGUGGAGACAAUUCUAACUAGUUCAAAGCAAAUUGACAAGUCAUUUCUGUACAAGUUCCUAGAACCAUGGCUUGGCCUAGGACUUCUUACAAGUACGGGAAAAAAAUGGCGCUCCAGGAGGAAAAUGUUAACUCCCACCUUCCACUUUACAAUUCUGGAGGACUUCUUAGAUGUCAUGAAUGAACAAGCAAACAUACUGGCUAGUAAACUUGAAAAACAUGUUAACCAGGAAGCAUUUAACUGCUUUUUUUAUAUCACUCUUUGUGCCUUAGAUAUCAUUUGCGAAACAGCCAUGGGAAAGAAUAUUGAUGCUCAGAGAAAUGAUGAUUCCGAGUAUGUCCAUGCUGUUUACAGUAUGAGUGAUAUGAUACAUCGAAGAAUGAAGAUGCCUUGGCUCUGGUUUGACCUUUCGUUCCUUAUGGUUAAAGAAGGGUGGGAGUACAAAAGGAGUCUAAAAAUUCUACAUAAUUUUACCAACAAGGUCAUCAUUGAACGGGCCAAUGCAAUGAAGAGAGAGGAAGAGCACAGGACUGAGGAAGGGGACACUACCCCACUCAAAAAGAAACGGAGGGUUUUCCUUGAUUUGCUUUUAAAUGUAACUGAUGAUGAAGGAAACAAGCUAAGUCAUGAAGAUAUUCGAGAAGAAGUUGACACCUUCAUGUUUGAGGGCCAUGAUACCUCUGCAGCUGCAAUAAACUGGUCCUUGUAUUUGCUGGGUUCUUAUCCAGAAGUCCAGAAAAAGGUGGACAUGGAACUGGAGGAAGUGUUUGGGAAGUCUGAUCGUCCUGCUACCUUAGAUGAUCUGAAGAAACUUAAAUAUAUGGAAUGUGUUCUGAAGGAGAGUCUUCGCCUUUUUCCUUCUGUGCCUUUUUUUGGUCGUCAUCUCAAUGAAGAUUGUGAAAUUUCAGGUUACAAGAUUGCGAAAGGUUCUCAAGCAAUCAUCAUUACCUAUGCCCUGCACAGAGAUCCAAAGUAUUUCCCCGAUCCAGAGGAAUUCAAACCAGAAAGGUUCUUUCCUGAGAACUCACAAGGACGCCAUCCAUAUGCAUACGUGCCCUUCUCUGCUGGUCUGAGAAACUGUAUAGGUCAAAAGUUUGCCAUAAUGGAAGAAAAGAUCAUUCUUUCUUGUCUCCUGAGGAAGUUCUGGGUAGAAACUACACAGAAAAGAGAAGAACUUGGUCUGGCAGGAGAAUUAAUUCUUCGUCCAACUAAUGGCAUCUGGAUCACGCUGAAGAGGAGAAACACAGAUGAAUCCUAG